AGGGUUAUUAUGCUGAUUUACUUGGAUUAAAACAUUUCAUGGAAGUUAUGAUGUUUCUAACAUUCAUGGAGAAUGUAGAGCCAAUAUCUGACGAGAACAUGACCAUCACUGACACCACGUUUAAUAACAUUCCAGUUCGGUUAUACAUUCCAACAAAGUCAUCGGACAAACUAAAGAGAGGGGUUAUCUAUAUUCAUGGUGGGGGCUGGUGCGUUGGCAGUGCAGGUAGGAAGAUAAACUUGUUUUAAUGUUUGCAUCCUGAUGAUUUUUUAUUUUAUUUAUUUAAGGUAAAGGCACAUUUUAUGUUGCCUUAUCUCUCUUAUCAACAAUCGUACAAUACAAUAAUUGACAAAAGAAAAGGUGGUGGUGGUUGUUUUUAUUUAUUUUUUUAAUAAUGGUACAGUAAUGACUGCAUAGUUCUUUAUACCGUCUAAAGUUUAUCUAUAUUACAUUCUUACUGUCUUUGGCAAUCCCAUGUCACUUUUGUUUGUAUUUUUAUCUUGUAUCUUUUUUUUAUUGGUAUGCGUAUGUAAACUGAGGCAAAUGUAUGUGCAUGUAUUUGCAUGUUUGAGUAAAAAUCCGUAGAAAUACUGACCAUGGUAAGCGAAACAUGCAUGAUGUGCAGUGGGAAAUAAAGUAACCUAAUCGGUAAAAAUAAAAGUUAAGGGAACACACCAGACCCCUAAAGCAUGUCCCCUUAUAUGUUGUUAUUAUUUCUAUUUAUAUCUUUAAAUAUUCCAGUGGAAUGUCCCUUUGACAACCAAUGACAACCAAGUUAAUAAACAUACUACAAUUACCCCUAAAGUAAUACCUGACAAAUAUUGAUAUGCUUUCUGGGUAACGCUUCGGGUAAGUGUCAAGUUGAAGUCGGAGUUCAUAUCAUCAGGCCUCCAUUCCCAAAACCUCCAUGUUCAAAUGUACCUAGUUGGGAAUUAUAUCUUCACUAUAGAGGAGAAUAUAAGGGGUAAGAUUCUUAUAACUUACUCAUAAUUAUAUGCCCUAAUAAAAGAAGUAAUUUAAAUUCCUUGCAAACAAUUGGAAGGAUUUAAUCAUGUCUCUUACUCUAAUUCUAGGUAUCUCUAGGUACUUUUUAGUUAUGCAAAAUGUAUACAUAGUGGAUCCGUAUUCCAGGAGAGAGAAUAACUUGCUUUGCAAACAUUGUAACUAUGUUAUGUGAGUUAAUACGUGUGAUGGCAUUUUUCGAGGCGUCAUAUAUUUCAAACUACUAAUUUGAGGAAGGAUGUAAGCCGUUACAACAUUGUCUGCCCAACAAUAAGAUCACUAUCGUUUUCCACUUCUCAUUUUCUUCUUAUAAGAUCUUGACUUAUAAUUGAUUUGACAUACACAUUUAAAGGGUAACUCCAACCAAAACCUACGCAUGCUGACAAGACACCUUUUUUAUGCAGAGAAUUGACUCGGCAGCUCGGAACUACGGUAUAUAGAACCUGUUGAAAAAGCCUAAAAUACAUUUUUGCUUUAAAGGCCAUUAAAUGUAUAAUUUGACCACUGCUGAUCAUAGUUUACAUUUUAAAAAUGUACCUCUGACAAAAAUCUGGUUUGCUUAUAUUGGAACCCAUAUGGUUUAUUACAUCUGCAAGGAUACUCACUGUAUUUGAUAUCCAUACUUCUGACAAAGGCCUCAAUCUAAUUAGAACUGAUACAUUUGUUUGGUUUCCAGUAAGCAUUUUAUCAGUUCGAAUCAAUUAAAUUAGUGCAGUUAAAUGCUUUUAGGAAGCCGAUAAAUAUUGGUUUGAAUAUCAAUAACAGAUAUAUUUUACAUUAAAAAUGUAUUGGGGACACAUUGCCUGAUAAAUGGGUUUUGCUGCCCUGUCACUAAUAAUAAAAUACAUGACCAAUACGAGCACUCAGCUUGCAUAGCAUGUGACCGCUAUAUAUAUUCAAAUGCAGAUGGCCAAGUAAGUAGUGGCUAACUAACCUGACAUCCAGGUGGUAGACAUGGAACAGAAGACUGCAGUAGUGGUGGAUGUGGAAAUACCCAGCGACCAUAAUAUCAGGAAGAAUCACCAUGAGAAGGUGGACAAAUACCUAGGACUGAAUGAGGAGUUUGAAAUGAUGUAGAAAUGGAAGGCAGUAGUAGUCCAAGUUGUGAUAGGAGCCCUCUGGGCCGUGAACCUAAUUUGGUGGAGUGGCUUCCACAGAUUCCAGAUGGGACAUCUGAUAUUACUGUCCAGGAGAGUGCAGUUACAGGAACAGUUAAGAUACUGAGCAGAACACUCAGUCUCCUAGCCCUUUGGUAGAGGACCUCAUAAUGAGUCUACACCACUUAUUUAAUUAGUACAACUGACCCGCUGCUCAUGGGUGGGGUCCAGAGGAGGAAAUCACAGUGAGAUGUCUACACCCCAUAAUUAAACUUUAAGCCAAUACCUGAUGCCCACAGGUGUGAGACUGUUGCCAUGACCCCCACUAGAUUUUUAUUGACUCAUUUCCCAGUCACUAGCUUUUCUUUGCAGUGUGCUGCUACUGGAUUUUGUAGGCUGACUACUACUCGUGGCACUGCAUGCAGGGACAUGAGGGAGGUAUUGUAGGAAAUUAUGACCCUCUUACAAGGAUAUUCUUUUAGGGAAUGUGUGACAAAUAAGACACAAACACACAUGUAUAAUAAAAUGUAUUGCUAAUAUUGAUUUAGGAUACUGUUACAGAUUUAAAAAGGGAUUUGCACAUUACACAUUAUAACCAUAUCCAGUACAUAAUCAAAAUAUACAUAGUAAAAGACAUACUUAGACAUUUAAAUGAAGAUCUUCCACUUGCGCCUUCAUCUUUGGUAGUCUGGGACAGUCUCUCUCAGUUCACCAUGGCACCACUGCUUGCUGCGCUGUCCUCUCUAAAAGAGAGAAAGAGAGGAGAGAAGCCCGACCUUCUUGGUUGUUGUUCUUUUUAAAGACUGAUUCUUACUGUCAUUAACUACAAGUCCCAGAAUUCUUUUACCCUCCCAAAAGUGGUUUAUCCAACCCCCUUUUUCCAGAGAGUUUGGUCUUUUCACAAGUCUUUCCCUUUGAUCUCUUCCCUCCAGCUAUACUGUAACAUUGUGUAAGAUGUGACCAGUUAGGGUUGGUUUUUGGGUAGGUUGGGAGCAGGCCUGGACUUCUUUUAGAGACAGUAUAGCUUGGGAAAACAGACACUUCAAUGGUUACACCUAAAUGUUCAUUACUCUGAUCUUCUGAUAACAUGCAUGAAAAACUGGUUGGCAGGAGAACUGCUUGAGGGAUGUAAGCUUUUGUUUUAGCUGGGUGUUGUAAAAUGCAACUGAAAGCUUUGAUCCUUAUCACGCUGUUAUCAUGUAGAAGACCCCCAAGUUGUAAAACUAGUCACAUACACUGAAGGUUCUAUACAUACAAUAUUGCAGUUUUGCAUAUCAAUUUCUUACAUUAUUAAACCACACUUAUACUAAUAUUUUUUAAUGACUAACUUGGUUAGUCAUAAAGACCAUAAAUGUGCUUUUGAUGCACACUCGUUUUCUGUUUAUUGGGUUUGGCUGCUUGAAUUUCAGCCAUAACAAUCAGGCAAAAAAGGGAAAUAAUUGACUGACUGUUUUUGGCAGAAAGAAUGAAAUUAAGGCCAAUGAAUAGUAUGCACUGUUCAAUGAGGCACAACACGUAGAACUGUUAAGCAAGAAUAAAAUCAGAGUGUAUUUGUGUCUAUUAUGAAUAUCAUUUAUCAAAAGUUAUGUUAUACUUUAUGCUUAUUUAGUAAUGUUUACUUUCCUUUUAGCCAUGAAACCAUAUGAUCUCCUGUCAAAACAGACUACACAGAAGCUCGAUGCUCUCGUUGUUUCAAUAGAGUAAGAAACUAAUGCAAAGGCAUCAAAAAUAUAUUGUGCAUUUUUAUUCUUUUUCAUACAUUUGAAUCUAUCAAUAAUACAUUAUUUAUUUCAUAGAACAAUAUAUCUGAUUUUGCUACAGCUUUAGAAACCCGUUUGUUCACUGGAACAUGUUGGCCAAGAAUUGGCAAAUUGGUUAUUAAUUAACCAUUGGUUAUUUAUUUGUAAAAACAAAAACAAAAAACAAAAAACAUAUAUUAAUGCUUUUACAUUUUGUUUCUGAAUUUAGUAUUUUUUUUUCUUUUUUUUUUUUAACAAUGUUACUCAAAGGGUUGCAUUUAUUAUAUUACCAGGAAUUCCCUGGUAAUGUUCCCAGAUAUGACGACAAAGUCUUUUGAAGUGAUUUGCCACUUAUCUAGAUUCUGUCGUGCACCAAACCUCCAAGAAUGAAGUAAGUGAGCUGCAUCUGUUCUUUGCAGAUUAAAGUAUGCACAGAAUUGACAUUAGGCAUCUUUAAACUCUUGUUCCAGGCUGUCUCAUGAAAGCUGCAGGAGGUAGAAAGACACCUCCAGCAAAAAAUUUAAUAGGGAUACUAUAGUGCUAGGAAUUCAAACCUUUAUUCCUAGCACUAUAGUUCCCUCUGCGCCCCCUCUCUUGUAAUACUUACCAGAUUCAAAUGCUAAUGUCACUCUGUGCUGGGUUGGCACUCUGCACCCUCCAAAGUAACCCGACUGCAUCUGCAAUAGGCACCACCAAAGGAAAACAUUAACUCAAUGCUUUCCUAUGGGAAUUAAUCUGACACUAGAUGUCCUUAUGCAAAGUGUGAGUGCAUCCAGCAUCAGUAAGGCGACUUAAAGUCCUGUAAGAUCUCAGAAGCGCCUCUAGAGGCAGACUUAGUGCUGCAAUGCACCUACAGGAUCAUUGCACCAUGACCCGCUAAAACACUAGUCAUGCUGCUCAGAAUAACUCUAUAAAGUUGCAAUUAGCAAACUUUUUAUUAAUGCAUAUCAAUUUAGUAUGAAAAUAUAAAAAAAAAAUCAUAAAGGAUUAUAUAGAAUUUUUAUGAUUUAUAUGUUUCCAUGUAUUACAAUUCAACUUUAUCACCAUUUGUUAAAUUGUUAUAGUGCUCUAAGAAACAAACUGCAAAUCUAGUUUAGAGUGUAACAUGUUUAAAUGGAAGAAUGUUCAUUAUUAACCUUUAUCUUUGUUAUUCUUCCAAUCUUCACUUUCAGAUAUCGUUUAGCCCCUAAAGUAAAUUUCCCAACUCAAUUUGAUGAUGUAUAUGCUGUAGUAAAAUACUUCCUAGAUGAAAGCACUCUUCAAAAAUUUUCUGUGGAUCCCAACCGUGUGGCCAUAUCAGGUGACAGUGCUGGAGGAAACUUGGCCGCUGCUGUAAUUCAACAGGUAUGCGUAAUACAGUAUUAAAGUAUGUCUUAUGUCUUAUUUCUUCUUUGUUGGUUAGUCAUAAAAAAAAACAAAAAAAACAAAACAAUAAAUACCUUCACUACAAGGCCUAAUUUUUAGAACAAAAAAAAUCAAACAAAAGUCAUGGCAGUCCCACGCAUUCCAUAGUCCGCCAUGCAUUUCUGUCUCUUCUAUCAUUUUCUUCCCUCUUGUCUACAACCUUUCUUAGUCUUCUCUUAUUUGAACACUCCCCCUCCUCCACUUCAUAUGUUAAUGUUCUUUAUACACUCUGACUGCAUUCCUUUCAUACUCUAUCCUUCUCAAAUAAUUCCCACCAUGGGAGUCUCAAAUGUUUAUCUGUCUCUCCAUAUAUCAUAAAUUCUUCUCAUUCCACUCAAGCUCUCCACGAAAAACGGUCCUAUCUUCUCCUCUCUCGAUGCCUGCCCCUUAUUGUUCCCCUUUCUUUUGCAGUCCUAAAAAAAAAAAAAAGCUGCUGACAUGACUUCAAACCCACAGCCAAACACAGCACAGUUGUUAUAUACAUACAGUUAAUAAAAGAACUAAGGGUACACAUAAGAAGACGUGACUAUGUGAUGGGAACAGUUCACCUCAUACUGAUCUUUCAUUGGCUGGACUGAAUGUUAUCAGGAAACAUCUUGUGUAUGAAUAACACAAUGUGCCCUGUAGCAGAUCCCUCUGUAUUUUAUUAGCAGUCCAGUAGCUGUUGUUAAUAAGGGUAAUAUUAAACCUUCGUUUUAAUUGUUUGUUUAAAAUUCUCUCUGAUUUUUACAGCAAUUACACGAUCCUGAAAUAAAAGUUAAACUAAAGAUGCAAGCAUUAAUCUACCCAGUUAUGCAGGAUAUCGACUUUAACACUCCAUCAUAUCAAGAAAAUGCCAACAUGCCCAUACUACCGAGGUCUCUGAUGGUUCGUUUCUGGAGUGAAUACAUGACUACUGAUAAAACUUUGUAUGAAGCAAUGAUGGCAAACAGACAUAUACCACGUGACAAAGCAGAUUUAUUUAAGUUUGUUGACUGGAGUACCUUAUUGCCUGAAAACCUGAGAAAUAACUAUGUUUACUCACCUCAAUAUGGAACCCCUGAAUUGGUAAAAAAAUAUCCUGGAAUUUUGGAUACAAGAGCUUCUCCACUGCUGGUUGAAGAUACAAUGUUGCAAGGUUUACCAUUAACCUAUGUAAUUACAUGUAUGUAUGAUGUCCUCAGAGAUGAUGGUAUUAUGUAUGUCUCAAGACUUAGACAAGCCGGGGUGGAGGUCGUACAUGAUCACUAUGAUAGUACAUUCCAUGGCAUACUUUUAAUAAGCAUCUGGCCAUUAGAAAUUAAUUUAGCCCAUAACAUAACACUAAGAUAUCUAAACUUUCUCAAUGACAAUUUAUGAAGACAUUUCAUUUAUAUAGAUGGCCAGUGUUGUAAAAUUAAAUUGGUUGUACUUAUGAUAUAAUUUUCACGACCAGGAGUCCUCACCCAAACCCAGAAUGUAACGUCUGUCAGAAUUUUGCUGGAAAAAAGAUAAUGUAUAAGGUGUGUUUUAAGCUAGUAUACAAAGGACUCACUUGCAUGGAGGUGGAGGCAGUUUGUUUUUUUUCUGUCAUGGUUUAUUUACUCUUCUGUUUGUUCUGCUUUUUUUUUUUUUUUUAAAUACUUGAGUGUUAUGGAAAAUGCAUUUUUUUAUUAUUAUUAUAAUGUAGACCUAAAGGAAAUGGAAAAAUAAAUGUGCUUUAUGCUGCAAAACACACAAACUUUUUACACACGUAGUAAAUGUUGUUUGUUUGUUUUUUUUUUUAAAUUACAUUUUCACGAUUAAAGAAUAUAAGCCAGAGAAAGCAUGUAUGUAAUAUCAAUACAGUUAUAGUAUAUAUUUUGUUUAAUCGUGCAUUGUAAUAUUUGCCUUAUUGUUGAUGCCUGCAAAAAUUUGCAGGUUAUUCUUUAUUGUAAAGAGAAUUGAGAUAUCGAGAUCCUGCCAAUGACUUUUUAAAAGAAAAUUGUUAACUUCAAAUAAUUUCAAUAAACUGGUGCCAUGUGAGAUAUAUA